AGUAGUCAUGUUUCUUGGCACAGUGCCUUGGACCUUCCAUAUAUGCUUUCUUCCCUCCAGAGCCUUUGUCUAAGAUGCUGGAGAGUAGCUUAUAGCCUGGGCAUCAAGUUUGUUGAUUCUCCCCAGGACCCUUUUCUUUAUAGGUGCCACACAUCAUGAUUUAUGCACAAACAUGAUUUGCCUGACAGUGCAGUCUGGGCCUGGAAUAAUUUUAAUUAAUGGGAAAAUGGUCCUCAAUACACCGAUUAGACCUCUUCAGGUACAACAAGAUAAAAGCCUGAUAAUUUGGAUGGAGUACUCUUCUUAAAUAUCUACUCUGUGCACAGCAGCCAAUGGGAAAGCCAGGCUCUCUCCCACCUGAUCCAAUGAGUAAUUAAGAGAGGGCUUUUUUUUCCCUACCUCUCCCCUGCCUCCACCCCGCUCUCCAACUAAAGCUUAACAGGUUGGUGGUAUAACGUGGAGACUUUUAAGGGGUGUCAUCCUAGGAGCUUAGGCAAGAGCCAGGGUAUCUUCUCUCCGCUCCCCAAGCACUGUUCAAGUGGGUUUGAAAAGCAGGCAAGUGAGGGAAGGAAGAAGCUAGAAGCAGGCAAGGUAGGUAACGGCUCUCGGCAAAGUUCAAGAAGUGCGUAUGGCCAUGAGUGAGCUGGGCACUCGGAAGCCCAGCGAUGGCACUGUUUCUCAUCUGCUCAAUGUGGUGGAGAGCGAGCUUCAGGCAGGGAGGGAAAAAGGCGACCCUACGGAGAAGCAACUUCAGAUCAUCCUGGAGGAUGCACCUCUCUGGCAGAGAUUCAAGGAAGUCACUAAUGAGAUGAUUGUGACCAAGAAUGGCAGACGGAUGUUUCCAGUCCUAAAGAUCAGUGUCACAGGGUUGGACCCCAAUGCCAUGUACUCCCUCCUGCUGGACUUUGUCCCUACGGACAGUCACCGCUGGAAGUACGUCAACGGGGAGUGGGUGCCCGCCGGCAAGCCAGAGGUCUCCAGCCACAGCUGCGUCUACAUUCACCCGGACUCCCCCAACUUUGGGGCCCACUGGAUGAAAGCUCCCAUCUCCUUCAGCAAAGUGAAGCUGACCAACAAGCUCAAUGGAGGCGGGCAGAUAAUGUUGAAUUCUCUGCAUAAAUAUGAACCCCAGGUUCACAUAGUGCGUGUUGGAAGUGCCCAUCGAAUGGUAACAAACUGCUCCUUCCCUGAAACCCAGUUCAUAGCCGUGACUGCCUAUCAGAAUGAGGAGAUAACAGCUCUCAAAAUCAAGUACAAUCCUUUUGCCAAAGCCUUCUUGGAUGCCAAGGAAAGAAAUCACCUAAGAGACGUACCGGAGGCUAUCUCUGAAAGCCAGCACGUGACCUAUUCUCACCUGGGAGGCUGGAUCUUUUCCAAUCCGGACGGAGUGUGCACAGCAGGAAACUCCAAUUACCAGUAUGCCGCUCCUCUGCCUCUGCCUGCUCCCCACACCCACCAUGGCUGUGAGCACUAUUCGGGUCUCCGAGGACACCGGCAGGCUCCCUACCCUUCUGCGUACAUGCACAGAAACCAUUCUCCCUCAGUGAAUUUGAUAGAAAGCUCAAGCAAUAAUCUGCAAGUUUUCUCGGGACCUGACAGCUGGACUUCCUUAUCCUCCACACCCCAUGCCAGCAUCCUGUCUGUACCCCACACCAACGGACCAAUCAAUCCAGGGCCCAGCCCUUACCCGUGCCUGUGGACCAUCAGCAAUGGUGCCGGAGGCCCCACUGGGCCAGGCCCGGAGGUGCACGCCAGCACCCCAGGAGCAUUUCUCCUCGGAAACCCAGCUGUAACUUCACCCCCUUCUGUGCUCUCCACCCAAGCACCCACUUCGGCUGGUGUGGAGGUUCUGGGGGAGCCCUCACUAACCAGCAUUGCUGUGUCCACCUGGACAGCAGUGGCCUCGCAUCCCUUCGCGGGCUGGGGUGGCCCAGGAGCGGGUGGGCACCAUUCUCCUUCCUCACUGGAUGGUUAAGCAGGAUCCUAGGAGCCUCUAUCCCCAGAGAUCCUUCUAUGUGUAGAGUGCUUAGAAACCCCAUCAACUGAUCUAGUGAGUCAGACUGUGGAAUCUUCCUUCCCACUAGCUGGAGGCGGAGGUGGGUUAUUACAGAAGUCAUACUGGGAGAGGGUUCAGUUUGGAUGAUGCUAGUUAGAUCAUUUGCAUCUCUCCACCAUUUUCUUCUGCACUCCCAUUUUCUCUGCAACUUAUUCUUGCCAUGCUUAGGUGACAGAAGUUUGUUAAGUACCGUCCUUGUGCCCUGCCACUUAUUCUCAAAUCGUUCUGGAAAGCCUCACUUCCUUUUCUGUGGAGAAGGUGCAAAGCUGUUUAAUGAGCUCAAAGUUUACCUAGCUAAAGGCCACUGCUUCCUGCUUUGUGCAGCUGGAAAGUAUGUGUGGCUACAGGGCUCAGGUUCGCACUUCUGCCUUGAGACCAGGACGGGGUGUAAGCCAUAGAGUAAGGUUAACAAAAAGAAUAAAACUAAUCAUGUAUUACUCACAGCAGUGUGCCCAGACUUGUGGAAAUGAAGUGAUGUCACUCCUCUGCUCAGAAACCUUCAAUGGUUCACCAUUACCAAUGGAAUGAAGUCAAUUCUCCUCACUAUAGCUGGGUGUGGUAGCUUAAGCCUAUAAUCUCAGCCCUUUUGGAGGCCAAGGUAAGAGGAUCGCUUGAGGUCAGGAGUUUGAGACCAACCUGUGCAACAAAGUGAGAGCCUGUGUCUACAAAAAAUACACAUGCCCACAAAAUUAGCUGGGCAUGGUGGCAUGUGCCUAUAGUCCCAGCUACUUGGAGGAGGAUCGCUUGAUCUCAGGAGGUUGAGGCUGCAGUGAACUAUGAUUGUGGCAUUGCACUCCAGCCUGGGUGAUAGAUCAAGACUUUGUCUCAUUUGAAAAAAAAGAAAGAAAGAAAGAAAGAAAGAAAGAAAGAAAGAAAGAAAGAAAGAAAAAAGAAAGAAAGAAAAGAAAGAAAGAAAGAAAGAAAGAAAGAAAGAAAGAAAGAAAGAAAGAAAGAAAUCCUACUGUGAGCGAUCACACCAUCUGGGCUGCAACCACUUCCCCAGCUUAGGUCCCUCUGUUAUCCUGUUGGCCUUCUAUGUAUUGGUCAAGGCAGGCAUCUCUGUUCUCUAAACAUUCAUUGCACUUUCCCACCUCUAUACCUUGGCUGUGCCUUAGUGUCCUUUUUUCUCCAGUUCAUCUGUGCGAAUCCGACCCAUCUCCCAGAGCCUGGCUGAAACAUCACUCCCUGCAUCCAACAUCUGGUCUGCUGAGAUAUGUUUGAUCUAUCUCUGCUUGCUGUUCUCAUUGUUUUUGCCUCUGCCAUAGAGCUCACCUCAUUUUGCCUUGUAUUUUUGUUACCUGUGAGUGUGUCUCUCCCUAUUAGACUGUAAGCCUCUCGAGGGUGAGGCCUAACCUUCUUGUCUUUGUAACCCACAGCAGCUGGUACUGUGCCUUGCCUAUUUGUAGGUGCCCAAUAAACAUUUGCU